AUGUCAAACAUUGACCAUCGAAAGCCCAUAGUGGGCGCCACUACACAGAGCCAAAUGAGUCGGAACCUCUCUUCUGGUCCAAAUUCAAUCACGGCUUCAAAUACAGGUUCACGACAAAUUGGUAGAUCCCAACCAGAAGUGCAGAAUAGUGGCGGCAUGACACCAUCAAAGUAUUCUCAGCGCAUUGGCCUAAAACGUCAGCCAAAUUCGUUCAAUUUUACCCCCGAACAGAUCCCAGCCGCUUCGGGGCCAAGUGCAUUAUCAAUGCAGGGAUGUCGACAACGAAGUGGACAAUCGAAUUGCAUAGUCAACAAUACCUGCACCAGUGCUAGCUUUGGAUCGCCAAAACAGUCACGUGAAGCUUCAAGAGUUUCGCGGACCAUUUCAUCGACAACCUCUGCUACGGUGGCCGGACAGAGGUCAUCAAUACAGGCGGUUGGUCAGAGGCGCGGACCGCCUGCUGUAGUGCAAGUGAAUGAUUCCGAUGAGCUUGAUGAAUUUGACUUCUUCUGUCGAUUGGCGAAUGCACAUUCGACACGGUCACAAGUCAACCUGGCCGGCAUGCAACGAAGUGCUAACAACAUGUCAACCGAGAGAGCCGGUGAAGUAGCCUCCCCAGAUUUAGAAGACAAUGCUAUUUCGAGCAAUGUACAACAUCAGCAGCAGAGGCCACAACAAGAAGUACCAACUUCAAGAGCUCGGAGAAGCCUAGCCGUGCGCAAUAUGCGAAGUCAUUCACUUCGCUCAGCCAGUCCACCAGAGCAAAAGCAAAACCUUGAUUUAUUCGGCCAAUAUAGUCCCUCUGGUACAGGAUUCCUAGUUCAAGAGGGAUCAAACCAACUAGGAUUAGCUAAUGAACGGCGUCGUAUCAGUUUGCGCCAGGGCACUUUUAACGACAGUACCACUUUAAAUCAACCAACCGCAAUUAACAACUAUGCUCCA